CUGCUGCUGGAGGAGUGGGGGCCGCCGGGCGGGAGCCUGGAGCUGCCCGCCGGCCUCACCUGGACGCUGCUGCUCCUGCGCCGCCCGCUCUACCGCAACCUGCUGCGCUCGCCCAACCCCGAAGGUAUUAACAUUUACCAACCUGCUCCUCCUACUGGCCCCACCCAGCAACCACUGGAGGCCCUGGGCAAUUUCCAUGGAUGGUACAUUGGAUCUGAAAAGCUCCAGCACAAUCUCAGCUGGACAGUGAAGCAGCAGUGCGUGAACCUCCUGGCAGAGGGCCUGUGGGAGGAGCUGCUGGAUGACGAGCAGCCGGAUGUCACCGUAAUGGACUGGUUUGAGGACAGCCGGCUGGACGAUUGUGUGUACGAACUGCACGUCUGGCUGCUGGCGGCCGACCGCCGCACGGUCAUUGCACAGCACCACGUGGCCCCCCGCACCUUGGGGAGGGGCCCCCCGGGGAACUGGAUCCAGGUGUCACAUGUCUUCCGCCAAUACGGCCCCGGGGUGAGGUUCGUCCACUUCCUGCACAAGACCAAGAACCGCAUAGAGCCCAGGGGCCUCCGCAGGACCAGGGUGACCGACUCCUCCGUGUCUGUGCAGCUCAGGGAGUGA